AUGAACUCCACCACUAACGAUGAAAACAACAACAACAACAACAACAACUCCAACAGCAGUAGCAACAUGGCUGACGUUAGCGGCAGUUCGAUGGAGGUGGAGGGUUCUAGUUCUCCCCCUCAAAAACGCAGCAAAAGCAGCAGCAGCAGCUCCGACACCAACACCAACGUCAAGUCAGUCCUCAGCAACGACUUUAUUCCGCUGCCUUCGCGUCAGUUUCAUCAUCAGUCACAAUCGUCACAGUCGCAAUCACCACAAUCCACGGACGAUCUUCACUUGAUGCCUCCGCCGUCUCGAACUUGCGGAAAGCUGUCCAGCUUCUCCGCCAAUGCUUCAACCUCUCACCCUCUCACCACUACCAUUGAGGAGGUGUUUGACAGCAGCAGCAGCGCUGCCGAUGAGAGCAGCAGAGCCGGAAUUGAUAAAGUGACUGAGAAUCAAGAUUGCUCUGCGGGGAUUUUAUUCGAUGAAACGAAGGACGAGGAAGCGGAUGAUGAGGCUUCACCAUCUGAAGAAGAAGAAGCGAAUGACAGCAUUAUUCUCGUCUCCUCCUCAAACGACUCUGAAGCUAUUGUGGCAGAUGGUGGUGGUUAUAAGAAGAGUACCACCGAGGAGAAGGAGCCGCCCAAGUUCGGCGCACUGCUCAGCGAGCCAGUCAUUGUCGACAUUGGUCCUGAGGAUGAUGAUUACGAUGAUGACGAUGGAUACUAA